UUUCCCAUCUUUCUUACGAAAUUGGCUUUUUGGAGGGAAAGAAGAGAAUCUGUUGAGCUAUGGUUUAUCCUCUUCGUCAGCUUUGUCUGGUUUGGAUCGUGCUUUCUUUUUGCCAUGCUAAUGGCCAUGGCUUUCGACUAAAGGCAUCAGAAAUUAUGGCCAAGUUGGAUCUGAAACCAAACCCAGAAGGUGGGUUUUACGCAGAGACGUUCAGAGAUACUUCUAUCUCCCUAUCCACUUCUCAACUUCCCCCCAGAUACAAGGUUGAUCGACCUAUCAGUACAGCCAUAUACUUCUUCCUUCCCUCUGGGAAUGUCUCACUCCUCCACCGUAUUCCAAGUGCAGAAACAUGGCACUUCUAUUUGGGCGAACCUCUUACGAUUCUGGAAUUGAAUGACAAAGAUGGAAGUGUCAAGUUAACGUGCAUUGGACCAGAUAUUGGAGAGAACCAACAGGUGCAGUAUACGGUGCCACCAGAUGUGUGGUUUGGUGCAUUUCCGACAAGAGACUAUGAUAUAUCGAAAGACAAUGCAGUCGUGAAAAAUGCAGCCAGGGAUGCAGAGAAACACUUUUCGCUGGUUGGAACCACAGUAGCCCCUGCUUUCGAGUUUGAGGACUUUGUGCUGGCUAAACGGUCUGAACUCAUUUCUCAGUUUCCUGCUCACAAAUCCCUUAUCUUUAUGAUCACACCUUCCCAUUGAAGUCACCCUUCCAUAUUAUGUAUAAAGUUUGUUUAAAGUUAAAGACCCACUAAUUACAUCAUAUAAACAAAUGGAGUUGCUUGAUCA